AUGGUUCAGCUUUUGAAAACAACCGCAAGCAUCCUUCUUGGGAUUGCUGUCCUAUCCCGGGCUCAUCCAGGCCACGACGUUAAAGUCGAAGCUGCUGAGAGAGCAGCCGCCCUGAAGGGAAAACGCGGUCUUUCUGGGUGUACUGAUAACCUCAAGGCCCGUGGCUUUGAGGCUAGAAAUAUUGCCCGUCGUGAGCUUGCUGUUAGCAAGCUCCGACACAAGCUCGCUGCCAAAAGACAAGUACAGCUGGACACUCGUGACCUCAGCUCGUUGAAUACCAGCCACUUUUCUUCCUUGGACGUUGAUUUUGAUACCGACCCAGAAGUGAUCUUUACUUCCAAUGCAACCUGCAUUCUAGGACCGGAUGUGACCCAGGGCCCAUACUAUAUCACCGGAGAAUACAUCCGCGAAAAUGUCAUCGAAGACCAGGCAGGUGUACCUUUGUACCUCGAUAUCCAAAUUGUCGACUCAAGCACAUGCGAACCGGUACCUCAGUCAUACAUUGACAUCUGGCACUGUAACUCAACUGGCGUGUACUCUGGUGUUGUUGCCAAUGGAAAUGGAAACUCCGCGGAUGCUACAAACAUCAACAAUACCUUCCUCCGUGGUAUCCAACAGAGUGACGACGACGGAGUUGUCAAAUUUGAAACCCUUUUCCCAGGUCAUUAUACCGGUCGUGCAACUCAUAUCCAUGUCCUUAGCCACACUGUGAACGAGACCGAACGUCUCAGCAAUGAUACCAUCUCGGGUCUCUAUACUGCACAAGCCUCACAUGUCGGACAGAUCUUCUUCGACCAGUCCCUCAUUUCGGAAGUGGAGAACCAGUCACCGUAUAACGAAAACACGCAAACUCUGACAGAGAAUGCCGAUGACAGUAUUCUACUACAAGAAGCUGAUGAUAUUGAUCCCUUCGUUCAAUACGUUUAUGUGAACGGUGCAGAUGUGACUGAUGGCAUUUUUGCCUGGAUUUCCCUUGCUAUCGACUCUUCGGAAGACUCUUCCGUUACACCGGCUGGGUAUUUGACUUCCUCGGGAGGUGUUGCUAACCCCAACAGUGGUGCUGGAGGACCUGGAGGCCCGCAAUAA